AUGACCCAAUCCCCAUGUAAUUCAGCAGAAGCUAAAGUUGAGAACAAGACCAUUCUCAAUGAGGCAUUGCCGUCCGAAGUCAGUGAAUCUAUGCAAGCCAUGGCUGCUGUUAUGUCAAUGUCAGACGCUGAUUGUGAAGACGGUUCACCAGAAGACGACGACAGUGAAACAGGCGAUUAUUGGAGUGAGGAUGACUAUGAGGUGAUCAAGGCAUAUUAUGAAAACGAAGAAGACGAUGAAGACGAAACCCUGCUUGUAUUGAACGAUCAAGCGCAAAUCAUGCCAUCUUAUGCACGUGGCACUAAAUCCACAGCCAUCCCCCAAGACAUUAUUAAAAAUCCUAAAAAAAAGUCCUAA